CGCAUGUCAAGCACUUAAUAAUAUGUUUAUUCUUACAUAUAUACUGUAAACACAUUCAAUUCUAGUGAGAUAUUACAUCAUGAAGGUUUUUGGAUUUGCGCUGUUUUGGAUACUUGCUUUCGUCUAUUUUGAACAAUCGAUUGGCUGUGGACGCCGAAAUAAAGAGGACUGUUUCGGUAGUUCUGCAGGAUAUGGAUUCCAGUUUGGAACACAAGACCUUGCUUGUGUUAAAGGGAAAAGGAAGAGGUCUCCGAGCAGAGAAGAACUUAGAAUAGCCCAUCGUUACAUUAAAUAUCGAGGCGUUUACUAUGAAUUUUUUGACGGGGGAGCAACAUACAAUACCUCACCCCAUCGAUCUAAUUGUAGAGCCGGCACCGAAUCGUACGCAUCAGGAUAUGGAGUACUUAGUACAGAAUGUGUCAAGAGAUGCGCAAGACAUUAUGGGAAUGUAAGGCCAUAUAACGUUUUUACACGUAACUGUCACCAUUUUGCUAACUGGUUGGCUGACAUUUUGUGUAGAGAGUCCUCUUGUCCAUCCUACUGUCAAUGAAAUAUCUAAACACUAAAGUAAACAAUAUGAUGUAUUGUUGGUAAUGGUUUUUUUCCAAAGUCAUAAUAAUUAUGUGUUAUGCAUAAAACUCUUUUAUAAGCAUACAUAUUGUUUAAUAUAUAUUAGGAAUAAAAUGUUCUAUGUUAAA